UUGUUUGUUGAUCUCCAUUGACAUUUGUGUUUCUCUUUUUCAUCUUUCUCUUGAUUUAAUUGUUCACAAUUUGUUUCAAUUGAUUUGUUCUUCAAUUGAUUUAGUAUUAAACCAUGGAUUCAUCAUCAGCUUCAUCUUCUUCUUCAUCCAGUCCAUCGUUUGAAGUCCCUCCUUUCAGGACCAAUGAUUUUAUGGGCCGUUUCAAGCUACCCGCUUACAAUGAUCCGACCAAAUUUACCAGAAGGAUUAGAGAUAAUCUACUUUAUUACCAAACCAAUUAUUUUACCAUUUGGCUCAUCGCCUGCAUUUUUGCUGGAAUUUUGAAACCAGAUCGAAUGAUGAAAGGAGUCUUUUCGAUGUAUUUAUUGGCCGUUAUUUAUCUUCUUGUGGCCUCAAAACUUCCCGUUAUAACCAAUUUCAAGGAGAAAUAUGCUGCUGCUUCAAUGGCCAUUUUAAUCGCUUGUAUUGGCCUGGUUUUCUAUUUUUUCGAUAUUUAUCUUCUCAUGUGGGGAAUAUUAACUCCUCUUAUGACCAUCUUAGGCCAUGCAACUUUUCGAGCUCGAAACUUGAGCAAUAAGAUCACCAAGCAUCUCGAAUCUUUCGGAUUUGGACCAACACCAAUGGGAAAAUUUCUCAUUCUAAUGGGAAUCGACAUCAAAUAGAAAGUCUCAUUUUUCUCUUUCUCUCUUUAUGGAUAAUCACUCUCAUCCAAAAAUCUUUUAUUUUUAUUGAUAGAAAAAAAAAUGUCACCACAAUUCAACUGAUCUUCAGAAUGAUUAAUCAAUAAUUUCUCAAAGAAAUUAAACAUCCGAUGAUCGUUGUAACCUGUGAUCGAUCUCUUCAAAAUCAGAUCAUUUUUUUUCUUCCCCAAUCAAAAACAAAGUAUCGAUGUAAUUAAAAUGCACCUCGAACAAAAUUAAUCCAAAGCAUGAAUAUUGAAAUUACAGUUUUAAUCACAA